GGGAAGACUGGAGUUCUGGGCAAUCAAAUCAUCAUCUCGCGGGAGAAGUCGAAGAUCAACGUCACUUCGGAGAGCUUGAUGUCCAAGAGGUACUUAAAGUAUUUGACGAAGAAGUAUCUGAAGAAGCACAAUGUGCGGGACUGGCUUAGGGUUAUUGCCUCGAACAAGGACAGGAAUGUCUACGAGUUGAAGUACUUCAACAUUCAGGACAACGAGGCAGAGGAGGAGGAAUGAGAUGGGUUCUGCGGCUGCAUCUGGCUUCGUUUCUGUGUGCUGUUCCUGUGUUCUUUUUCCCAUUCCUUCAUGUGGCAGUGAUUACCUCUGUGUGUGUGCGUAAUCUUCAUCUCUGCUUACCUCUUAUCUGCCUGUUUAUAUUUAUUGACUGUGUGAGUGGACUAUCAUGGCUGAAGCUGAAGGGAAGAUGUCUGAAGAAAAGACCGCAGCAGAAACUUUUGCCACUCCUGAGUCUCCUCUUUCUCCCCUUGAUCAGGCACUCUUGAUUGCUGAGGAAGCUAGGCGAAAAGUGGAUGAACAGAUCGCCAAGCUCAGGAAAGAGAAAGAGGGAGCUGAGGAGGCGGGCAAGCAGGAGCAAACGAGGAGACAGCUGUUGGGGGAGGUGCAAAAAGUUGUUGACAGUGGUUCCGCCAGUGGGUAUAACAAGAGUAUUGCUGAGUUGGUCCUCUUGAACGACACACUCAGCCGGUCUUAUUUUUCCAACUGGGACCACCGGAUCACUGUUGUGGAGAGCCAGGUCUCUGCCAUCGAACACAAGGUGGAUCAGAUGGCAAAGGACCUGACCUCUCUGGCAACAGGGAUGAACAGCAUUCUGCAGCACCUGAAGCUGCCUCUCCUAUCCCCCCAGCCUGUACAGCCAGCUGGCCAGCUGAUUACUYGGCCAGCAGGUUCACCACCUCACAGUCGUCCAGCCUCACCUGCUGGUUCCCAUGCAUCCACCCCCUCUGUCGCUUCUGGUACAUCUGUGCAGCGAGGGCCCAAACUGACACCACCUCCUAUGUAUUCUGGGGAAGACCCCAAGGUGGAUGUAUCAGACUGGGUCACCGCUAUGCAAGCAUACCUGGCCAGCUUUACAUGCCCAGAAGCAACAAAGGUGGGGACCAUUCUUGGCCGGUUGGAGAGGGAGAAGACGCGCAAGGCAGCUGAUAAAAUUAUGCUGCUGGGGUCCCACAGAUUUGAGGGCUCUCUGUCCAAGCUCUACAGUAUGUUUGAGAGCUUGACAUCUACACCCGAUGAGAUGAGUGAGUCUGACCAGCUCACCCAUUUCCUGCGUGCCGCCCCUCCAGACUACUCUAUUGCACUAUAUGCUCAGGGCCACAAGGACUGGAGGUCCUUUGGCAAAGCGGCACUGGACCUGGAGUCUCGGCUCAAGGUUCAGACUCCUUCUGAAGGAAGGAAGAGGCCUACCUCCCAGGGACAGCGCAGGAGGAAAGGCGCUCUGUUGGCUGCGGAUGCAGGUUCUGAUUCUGAUGCAUUUGAGCGUGGCAGUMCUCCAUCUGAGACUGCAUCYRGAUCAGCAGUUGAGCCAGCCGUUCUUGCCCUGGCUGAGAAUCUUGCUGCAAUGUUCAAGGGAAAGUUCAUCAAAGACAGCAGCAAGGGUUCAGCCAGCCAGAAGGGGAAAGGGAAGGGACGUGCCACUUCCCCUCAGGCCCAGAGACCUAACCUUCCACGAGACGUCCAUUGGCCAGUCAACGUCAUGGAUCCUUCCACGCUUCCCUGGAGAGCGCUCAGGAUCCAGGAAGGGCAGUGGCAUAGGAGGAAGGACCAUGGCAGAUGAGGAAGGACCGUGAGGUUUGUUUUCGCUGUGAGGGGGACCACUUCUUAAAGGACUGUCCCCACAUGCCUCGCAGACCUGGUACUAGUCCAAAAAACUAGGCCAGCAGAGGGAAGUGGAGUCUGCAGCUCCCUCCACUUAUGCUGAAUCAGAUUCAGAUGGGUCUGAUUCUGCAUCUACCCUCACUGACUCUAUUGCUGGAGUUGCUGCGUCAGGAUCCUUCACUUACAUGGACCCUGACCUGGAUGAGACAUGGUAUCAAACGACAAGUGACCCCUAAAAAAUAGGUCCUAUUACCGGGUCCAAUGCGUCCUGGUAGGGUAUCAUCCCAUACCUACAUCAAUAAUCCUGGUACCAACCAAACUGACAGCCUGCCUCCCUAAGUGAAUCAAAACUAACCUUGUCG